GGAUGACGACUCCGGCAACAGUAGAAGGAAAACUCUUUCUGAUCUUUUAUGGCCUCCUCGGGUGCUCCAGCACCAUCUUGUUCUUCAACCUCUUCCUGGAGCGCCUGAUCACCGUCAUUGCCUGCAUCAUGAAAUCGUGCCACCAGCGGCAGCUCCAGAGGCGGGGGGCCUUGCCCCAGCAGAGCCUGAAGAACCCGGGGAAGGGUGAGGCGGACAGCUCGGCUGGCUGGAAGCCCUCCGUGUACUACGUCAUGCUGAUCCUGUGCAUGGCCUCCCUCCUCAUCUCCUGCUGCGCGUCCGCCAUGUACACCUCCGUGGAAGGCUGGAGCUACUUCGACGCGCUCUACUUCUGCUUUGUGGCUUUCAGCACCAUCGGCUUUGGGGACCUUGUCAGCAGCCAGAAUGCCCAGUAUGCUAGCCAGGGCCUCUACCGCUUCGCCAACUUCGUCUUCAUCCUCAUGGGCGUCUGCUGCAUCUAUUCCUUGUUCAAUAUCAUCUCCAUCCUCAUUAAACAGUCCGUGAACUGGAUCCUGAGGAAGAUGGAUGGUGGGUGCUACCAACAAUGCCAGAGAAGACUCUUGCAGUCCCGGAGGAACGUGGUGAUGCCAGGCACUGUCCAGAACCGGUGCGACAUCUCCAUAGAAACGGAUGGAGUCAUAGAGAGUGACAUGGAUGGGCGGCGUCUCUCGGGUGAGAUGAUCUCCAUGAAGGACUUCUUGGCGGCCAACAAGGUCUCACUAGCCAUCCUCCAGAAGCAGCUGUCCGAAACGGCCAAUGGCUGCCCCCACCAGACCAGCACUCUGUCGUUGGACGAUGAAUUCUCAGGGGGGAUAGGAGCCUUUGCAGUAAUGAACAACAGGCUGGCAGAGACCAGUGGGGACAGGUAGGGGCAAGGAGAGAAUGGACAACGAGGGUACUGUCAACCAGCUCAGCUCUGUGCCCUGGCUGGGUUCAUUCUGUUCCUUCUAGCCUGGAGCCCAGCUUGAGAAAUCUCAUCUUCUUGUCUCCAGCAAACAGCCACUUCCCAGGGCUGCGGGAACCUGCAGCCUCGAUGCCUUUCUCCUUAUCUUUAUUCUUUAAGUCUGAAUUCAGUCUUUUAAAAAUGAGCCACAAAAGCAGUCUAAGACAUCAUAUUGUCUUCUUUACCCACCUUGCUCCAGGGCUUUAACUGCCUAAGAGAGGGAGGGCUUCCUUCAGCCUUGAUCUCCUGCUGCUCUAUCCUUCAUUUGGAAGUAAAAAUCCUGAAGAUCCUGACUUUCCCCUGGAACUCUGAACAGCUGAAUUCACUGCCUCUCUUAGUCCCGUCAACAAAGGGAGGGUGGGAACCGUUUGAGAAUGUGACUGGGCUUUCUUUUUGCUGGGCUUCCUUCUGGGCAGAUUCAUCCAUGGGGCCAUGGCUAGGGAAAGCCUCUGUUCCUCUUUAUACCUGCUUCUCAAUUUUUGUUUUUCUUUUCUUUUGUUUUUAAGCUCUUAACGCUUGACUAAGGUGUCUGUGGGACCUCAGUGUGGUAAGAAGAGGAAAUUCAGCUUCAGGCCUUUAAACUGAGGCAUGGUGGUGGGAAGACUCACUCUCGUCACUAAAGAAUAGAGCUUAACGUGUUAAGCUCUAUUCUUAACACGUUAAGCUCUGUUCUUAACACGUUAAGCUCUAUUCUUAACACGUUAAGCUCUGUUGAAUGGACCCUUUGAAUGGUCCCAGAGCCUGCUUCAUUUUUACCAGGGUUUGGGGCCCAUUGCAAAGAUAAUGGCUGACUAUUUAUUAGAAUCGAAAGUUUAA